CCCAAAACAGACCGAUAGCGCGGGAAAACGAACCUCCCAAAGAAUCAAUAAUUUCAAGUGGAUUAUAAAUUCAAGAAAUGGUAUAAAUAUCACCCAUGGAUUUAUGAAUUAAUGGUGAUUUUGAAAAGUUAUUAUUUUAAGCUAGAAAAAUAUGUAAUUAAAGGUGAAGGAAGUAAAACGUGAGAGUAUCUCCUGAGGCUGUGGGUCCAGUGGCUGGCUGCUGGUGUUUAUAAACCUCCUCUCUCCAAUUUAAUGAUGCUAAAGCCUGAUGGGUGACCACAAUGGUGAGGCCAGUCAGCUCCAAGCGCAAGCUUUUCAAUGCCAGCAAGGAACAAAAGGAAAAUGAACCAGCUGAUGGCGAAUUGAAAAGCAAAAAUCACGGUGAACACGUGGGCUUGACUGACACCUCCAACAGUAUCAAUAUUGGUAGCCAGAAGAUUACCAACAAUAGCAACAGUGUUGGAGGGUGUCAAAGUGUCGGUGUGGGGAAGACAAUGGUGGGGUGGGCUGAAGAUGUAUCCACCACCCACCGUACUCCCAGCCGGCCAGUCAUGCCCAUGUCUGAGAGGCAACAGAUCGCGCUUCUUAUGCAGAUGUCCUCGCCCUCACCUCCAGACAAAGCAGAGUUGAACCGCUCAAAUAGUCCCCGCACCCCCAACACUCCAAAUUUUGGUCGUGGUGUCAACAAACGUAAUGAACGGGGUGAGACUCCUCUGCAUGUGGCCGCCAUCAAAGGAGACACUGAACGAAUAUCUCAGCUAAUAUCUCAGGGGGCAGACGUAAAUGCCACUGAUUAUGCUGGUUGGAGUGCCCUACAUGAAGCAUGUAAUCGGGGAUUUUAUAAUGUUUCCAAGUUGUUGAUUGAAGCAGGAGCAGACGUAAAUGCCAAAGGUUUAGAUAACGAUACUCCGCUGCAUGAUGCCUGCAUUAACAAUCACUUCAAGCUGGUGCGGCUAUUGCUAAGGUGUGGUGCAGGAGUUGACGUUGUGAACAGACGAGGGAAGACUCCACGUGACGUGUGUCGCUCCCCUGGAAUUGUGUCACUGAUAGAAGCAGCAGCACGUGGGCACCUCCAGGAGUUGGGCUCAUCUUCUGGUGACGAACUCCCGCAACAUUACAAAGGUGGCAGUUGCACAAGUAUGUCUAGGCGGACUCCUCCUGCCAACAAAUCUUCGGAGGAAAAACCUGGGGGCGGUCCCGGGUCGCCAAGAGUUACCCUUCGUUUACCUAACACUGUUGCACGGACACCAGAGAAGCCCAGACAACACGACACCAAGAACAUAAUGGAGAGUAGUGAAGAUGUUUAUGAGUUUAAAUGUAGCAAGGAUGAGGGAAGAAGCGAGGAAGAAGAAGACAAAGGAGCUGGGACAGUAAGAACAGAGGGAGGGGCCACAGAAGAAAAGGGAGAUAAAAGGGGAAGAGAACCAGAGCCUGAAGAAGAUGAGGAAGCAAGAAAAAAGAGAAGAAAAGAAGAUGUUAAAGAAAUUGCCAAGGGAGUAGGAAGAGGAGGAGGCCGACCAACUGGGACUUCAGACAAGAGUGUAAAGUCAGGAGGUCGUGGAUGUACUGGGAACAAUAGUGGAACUGGUGGAACAAAACAAUCAUCUGUAGCAAGUGUCACGGUAAUUGGGGAGCGCAAAAGUCCAAUGGGAUCUGCUGCCAAUAGCCCCAAACCUCCAAGCACCAAAAACAGUGGUGAAAGUAGUGAUACUGAAGAUGAUGUUAAAAGUGAAUCAAGCUCUGGUGCUGGACCUAAAGUUCCUCCCCUGAAGAUUGUGCUGGGAGUUGGUGCAGAACAAGAACCCAAUACUCGAAAUGGCAAGAAUUCUAGUAAUCGUCAGUUGCCAUAUGUAGUCAAUACAAGCUCGGGAGAAGAAAAAGAGGUUGUACCAGAAGGGAAAGAGCUCAUUUCUACCGUUAAGGUGAACUGUGAUGUGGAGGAUCAAAGUAACUCAAACAACAACUGUGGCAGUAGCUCUGGUAGUGAAAAGGGCAGUGGCACCAGAAUUACUAGAUCCCAGCGAGGAGGAAACUCAAGUUCUGCGGAAGAGUCUACUUCAGCCUCAACCUGUACAGUUAAAACUGAACCAUCAGUGAAAGUAGAGGAAUCCUCGCGUCCUACCACAAGUAUGGAUGAUGCAGUUCAUCCACGGAAGAGAAAAUUAAAAAUGAAAGAGCCUGAAGCUGAACCUCCCAUUGUCUCUUUAGUGGAUCAACCAAUGAGUAACUGUUAUGAAACAUUUCUCAAUAUUAGGAAACAGAUUGAGCGCCGGCGAGAGAAUUUACGACCAGUGCAGCCAAAGCCACCGCAGGGAUUCAAAGACUACUUAAUGAACCGCUGUUCGUAUGUGUUAGCUGGGAAUGCUACAUCAAGGUUAUCGGUUCCAAUUAUACCCCCUCCAGCAUCACUUACUUCGCUAUUAAAAGAACUCUUUAAUGAUCAAGAAAAAGAACGUUAUCGCCUCAGACUUCAGCACCUUAUAGAGAAGGAGAAGCUGGUGCUAAGUGUUGAACAGGAAAUCCUUCGUGUUCAUGGCAGGGCUGCCAGGGCACUUGCCAAUCAAGCACUCCCAUUUUCUGUCUGUACAUUUCUGAAGGAUGAAGAGGUUUACAACAUAAUCUCACCUGAGCAAGAGAAGGAUGGUAAUGCUCGUUCUAGAUACAAUGGCAGGUUGUUUCUUUCAUGGCUACAGGAUGUUGAUGAUAAAUGGGACAAAAUUAAGGAAUUUAUGGUGUUACGGCAUCAUAAUGAGGCAGAAUCACUUCAUGCGGUUCAGCGAAUGGACUGGGAGUGGAAACUAAAAGAGUUGGGAGAUUGUGAUGCAAAUUCCCGACCACACAUAGAUGAGCUUCAUGUCCCUAUGGUACAUGUCUCGGAUGAUUUUGAUCUUCUUCCAGAAUGAGUAAUUUAGGUAAAUUUUUGUUGAAUUUAUUUUUAUCAACAUUACACAUCUUUUUGAGCUUUGAGCAAGACUUGUGAGGUACAUUUUUAGGCAAGAAUAAUGCCUAUAACCUAGCAGUCACAUGCUCAAUCUUAUCUGGGCAUAGGCAGGAAUGAAUCUUCAAAGGAAAGGUUCUUAGAGUUGGGAUUUUUCUCUGGCUGUGAUAUUUGUAAGAGGGUUACAAAUUGUAUAUUAAUCCUCAUUCAAGGGUGGUGAAGAUUAGUAUUCCACUAGCCCAGAUCUAGUUCAAAUUUUGCUUAAGGAGCCCUAGAAAUCUAUAUUUACUUCAUGUUGGGAAUGUAUUGUGUAAAUUUAUUACAAUUUGUGAUCCUUUCAGUUUUCAGUCAUCGAUCUUCCUUGACACUGCUGUAGAUUAAGGAAUUUUGUGUCAAAGAUUUAGGACAGGAAAAAGGUCUGUGUUUCUGUGAUAUACAAUUGACUUUAAUAGUAUCUAGGGCAUAUUCAAGGUUAUUGAUACAUCCCACAUUUGGGGUGUGCAUUAGCUCUCCAAAUACUGUAUAUUUUUUUUUUGUAAGUGUUUCUGUGCAGUUCUUGGCUGCUACCAUUGAAAGGUGUUUAAUAGUGAUGUACAAGAUGUUUUAAGAGAGUCAAAAUAUUAGAUAAUAUUGUGAUUGAAUGUGAAUGUGCACUAGUUGUAUAGUUGGAGCUUAAGGCAUUGGCACUUCCAGCAUACCUGGUUCUGCAUGAAUGUAUUUCACUUGUCAGUUUGCUAAAUGUUUAUGAUUGAUGUUUCACUUCCUACCAGAAAGAUUAUAUUCUGAUAUAUGUUGCAUUGUUAUUGAAGAAAAAUUACAUAAAAUUUUCAUUGGAAUGGCUUGUAUAUUGUCUGUGGUGAUGUGUGAAGUGAAAGUUUUAUGAAUGGUUUGGUAAUGUUUAUUGUAAAGAUAAUCAUGAUCAGUCCACAAAAGAAACUUGUCAAAUAACAAUAAGUAACUUGUAAGAUUAUUACUUGCUCAAUUUAUUAUAAUCUAUGCUAAAGCUUCAUAACUGAAACUAAAGUACUUAGUUUUACAAGCCCAUUAAUAAAAAUUUUAAAAAUAGAAAGGGAACCUAAUAAUACAUGUACCAUGUGUUGGAUAUGUUUUAACACAGAAAUGGUAACUUCAUUCUAAGUCACCCAAUAAAAAUUAUAUCAAUUUU